GGCUGAGUGCAACUUUGCUUCGGCCCUUCCCGGCUCUCGCUCUUGCGGGGCGCGCGCCUCUCCGGUCAUCGUGCGGGGCAGCCGGGCUCCGCGCGUGCUCCCCCGACCUGUUCCCGGGCGGCCGGGAAGAUGAUGAUGAUGUCCCUGAACAGCAAGCAGGCGUUCAGCAUGCCGCACGGCGGCAGCCUGCACGUGGAGCCCAAGUACUCGGCCCUGCACAGCGCCUCGCCCGGUUCCGCGGCGCCCGCCGCCAGCUCCCCCAGCAGCUCCAGUAACGCUGCGGGCGGCGGCGGCGGCGGGAGCGGCGGCGGGGGCGGCAGCCGGAGCAGCAGCUCGAGUAGCGGCGGCGGCGGCAGCGGCGGUGGCGGCGGCGGGGGCUCGGAGGCGUUGCGGAGAGCGUGUCUUCCAACCCCACCGAGCAAUAUAUUCGGCGGACUGGAUGAGAGUCUGCUGGCCCGCGCUGAGGCUCUGGCGGCGGUGGACAUCGUCUCCCAGAGCAAGAGCCACCACCACCACCCGCCUCACCACAGUCCCUUCAAGCCGGACGCCACCUACCACACCAUGAACACCAUCCCGUGCACCUCGGCCGCCUCGUCGUCGUCUGUCCCCAUCUCGCACCCAUCGGCGCUGGCCGGGACGCACCACCACCACCAUCACCACCACCAUCACCACCACCAGCCGCACCAGGCGCUGGAGGGGGAGCUGCUGGAGCACCUGAGUCCCGGGCUGGCUCUAGGCGCCAUGGCAGGCCCGGACGGCGCGGUGGUGUCCACGCCGGCGCACGCGCCCCAUAUGGCCACCAUGAACCCCAUGCACCAAGCGGCGCUCAGCAUGGCCCACGCGCACGGGCUGCCCUCGCACAUGGGCUGCAUGAGCGACGUGGACGCCGACCCCCGGGACCUGGAGGCGUUCGCCGAGCGCUUCAAGCAGCGGCGCAUCAAGCUGGGGGUGACGCAGGCCGACGUGGGCUCGGCGCUGGCCAACCUCAAGAUCCCCGGCGUGGGCUCGCUCAGCCAGAGCACCAUCUGCAGGUUCGAGUCACUCACGCUCUCGCACAACAACAUGAUCGCGCUCAAGCCCAUCCUGCAGGCCUGGCUGGAGGAGGCCGAGAAGUCGCACCGCGAGAAGCUCACCAAGCCCGAGCUCUUCAACGGCGCCGAGAAGAAGCGCAAACGCACGUCCAUCGCCGCGCCCGAAAAGCGCUCGCUGGAAGCCUACUUUGCCAUCCAGCCCCGGCCGUCGUCCGAGAAGAUCGCCGCCAUCGCCGAGAAGCUGGACCUUAAGAAAAACGUGGUGCGCGUCUGGUUCUGCAACCAGAGGCAGAAACAGAAAAGAAUGAAAUACUCAGCGGGCAUCUAGGGCCCCCUUGGCGGCGUCUCCAGGGACGGCACCCCGCCUCCGCAUCCCUCGAGGUCUCUUCCCCCACCCCACCCUUUCUCUCCUGCCUCUUUUCUUUCCACGUUGGGCGCCCAGAAACAAAUGCCAGAAAAUGUGAAUCCGAUGACAGUCUUGGGUUGGAGACCGUACUUGCAAAAAAAAACAAUAAAUUAAUUAAAAUUAAAAUACAUAAAACUCUAGCGAGCCACGGAGUCCCAGGCCCGGUGAGAAACAGCGCAACGAGUUUUCCACGGAAAGAGAAGCUGCAGCAGGGAUUGGCCCGGACACCCCCUUUUCACCCCUACUUCUACCCGGCACUUGGGCACCUUCCGAGGCAAACUGGAGCUGGGCUGUUUGAAGCCGAAACAGCCAAUAGAGCCUUUUCACAGGCCGCCAGCAGGAGCAAGUAAGAUUUGUUUUUAUUCUUAAAGACAGCACUCCCCGUUCGAAUUUUAAAAGUCCACUUUGCAGCUA